AUGAGCAGUUGGAAGAGUUUGCUUCUGCGAAUCGGAGAGAAUUGUCCCGAGUAUGGUGGAAUUACCGAUUUCAAAGAUCACAUUGAGACAUGCUCUGGUGUGGUUCGGCGAGAGUUAGAGCACUCGGAAACUGAUAUUUUGCAUUACAUUGUCCAGUGUGCUGAACAAUUUCCUCACAAGAUUCCUCUCUAUGGGACGGUGGUUGGUUUGUUAAAUUUGGAAAAUGAGGAUUUUGUUAGAAAAGUAGUGGAGAAUACUCAAACUACUUUGCAGGAUGCUCUAGUUGCUGGAAAUUGCAACAGGAUUCGUAUAAUGAUGCGGUUUCUCACUGUUAUGAUGUGCAGCAAAGUCCUCCAACCAAGUUCUUUAGUGGUUGUCUAUGAGACACUAUUAUCAUCCGCAGCAACAACGGUGGAUGAAGAAAGAGGAAAUCCCUCUUGGCAAGCAUGUGCUGACUUCUACAUAACUUGCAUUCUAUCCUGUCUCCCUUGGGGAGGAGCUGAACUUGUCGAGCAAGUUCCUGAGGAGAUUGAGAGAGUUAUGGUUGGCGUUGAAGCUUAUUUAAGAAUUAGAAGGCAUACUUCUGAUAUUGGUUUCGCUAUUUUUGAGGAUGUUGAUUACACUGAGAAAGCUCUUGAUGAAAAGGAUUUCUUAGAAGAUUUAUGGGGUCGGAUCCAAGAUCUGUCCAGCAAUGGAUGGAAACUUGAGAGUGUUCCCAGGCCACACCUUUCAUUUGAAGCACAGCUGGUGGCUGGAAAAGCUCAUGAUUUGGAGCCAAUUAAUUGCCCUGAGCAACCAGAUCCACCUGCAGUACUCUCUGCUAUCACCUGCGGCAAACAAAAGCAUGAGGCUGAGUUGAAAUAUCCUCAGAGGAUACGCAGGCUCAACAUAUUUCCUGCAAAUAAAACUGAGGAUCUGCAACCUAUAGAUCGCUUUGUUGUGGAAGAGUAUUUGCUGGAUGUGCUUUUGUUCUUGAAUGGCUGUCGAAAGGAAUGUGCUUCCUGCAUGGUUGGGCUACCUGUUCCUUUCCGAUAUGAAUAUCUCAUGGCUGAGACCAUAUUCUCUCAGCUACUCUUGUUGCCUCACCCCCCGUUCAAGCCAAUGUAUUACACAUUGGUUAUUAUUGACCUCUGUAAGGCUCUUCCAGGGGCCUUUCCAGCUGUUGUUGCUGGUGCUGUACGUGCUCUUUUUGAUAAAAUAGCUGAUUUAGAUAUGGAAUACCGAACACGCCUCAUCCUUUGGUUCUCUCACCAUCUAUCAAACUUCCAAUUCAUUUGGCCAUGGGAAGAAUGGGCUUAUGUCUUAGACCUUCCAAAAUGGGCACCACAACGUGUUUUUGUUCAGGAGGUCUUGGAGAGAGAAGUCCGUUUGUCAUAUUGGGACAAAGUUAAGCAGAGCAUUGAGAAUGCCCCUGCUUUAGAGGAGUUGCUUCCUCCAAAGGGUGGACCAAACUUCAAAUACAGUGGCGAAGAUGGAACUGAACAUGCACUUUCUGUGGAACUCAGUGGCAUGGUGAAAGCAAGGCAAACUAUCCGUGAAGUUAUUUCAUGGAUGGAAGAAAAUGUAAUGCCGGCUCAUGGUUUUGAAAUUACGCUCAGUGUGAUUGUUCAGACCCUUCUUGACAUUGGUUCAAAAAGCUUUACUCAUUUGAUCACUGUCUUGGAGCGGUAUGGCCAAGUGAUUGCAAGGAUUUGUACUGAUCAGGACAAGCAAGUGAUGCUGAUAGCUGAAGUGAGCUCUUAUUGGAAGAACAGUGCCCAAAUGACAGCUAUAGCCAUUGAUCGAAUGAUGGGUUAUCGGCUUAUAUCUAAUUUGGCCAUUGUGAGAUGGGUCUUCUCUCCAGCAAACAUUGAGCAGUUUCACACCACUGACCAUCCAUGGGAGAUUCUUAGAAAUGCUGUUAAUAAGACAUACAAUCGUAUUUCUGAUCUAAGAAAAGAGAUUUCAGUCCUCAAGAACAGUGUUGUGUCAGCUGAGGAAGCUGCAACUAAAGCCAAAGCUGAGUUGGAGGGCGCUGAGGCAAAGCUUACGCUUGUAGAUGGUGAGCCUGUUCUGGGUGAAAACCCUGCGAGAUUAAAGCGUUUGAAAGCUAAUGCAGAAAAAACAAAAGAGGCGGAGGUAUCUGUUUGUGAAUCUUUGGAGGCGAAGGAGGCUUUGCUUGCUCGAGCCCUUGAAGAAAAUGAGGCAUUGUUCCUUUCCUUGUUUAAAAACUUCUCAACUGUUAUGAUGGAACGUAUACAUGAUGCAUUUAGAGAUGGAACAUUGCGCCAGUCCCACCAAGCGGAUGAAAUGGCAAUUGACCUUGAAGACUCAUCUGCAAUGGAGUUGGACAAAGAGAAUGGAAAACCUAAGAAAAGCCAUUCAAAUGGAGAACGGGCCAAUGGUUUUAAUGUUGGCGAAAAAGAGCAGUGGUGUUUAUCGACACUGGGUUACGUGAAGGCCUUUUCAAGGCAGUAUGCUUCUGAGAUAUGGCCCCAUAUUGAGAAGCUCGAUGCAGAGGUAUUCACAGAGAAUGUGCACCCUCUUUUCCGCAAGGCUGUCUAUUCUGGGCUGAAUCGACCUUUGAAUGACUUGGGAUCUGGUCAAUAGUUUUGGUGACAUUUUCUUCUUUUGACAUGAGGUGUUUUGAUAGUGGAUGUAAAAUGAGCGGAAAUAAUUGAUAUUGGGAUGGUUUAAGUUUGUACUGAGGGUAGCUAUAUCUGUUAAAUUUGUAGAAUAACUGGGGAUAUUAAAAGUUUGAGCAGCAGGAUGGUGGUAAUUUAGGACUUUAUUUUUUUAAAAAAAUUCACCUAUUUUAAGACACUUUUCAUCCCAAUCCUGAUAUUAAACAAUGCUUUGUGGGUAUCUAUUAGCA